CUUGCCUCCAAGUUGUGCAUGAAGCCGGAACACAAAAUGGGAAGAGCUCCAUGCUGCGAGAAAGAGGGCCUUAAGAAGGGGAGAUGGAGUGCGGAGGAGGAUGAGAUCUUGAUCAAGUAUAUUCAGGCCAAUGGGGAAGGUUUGUGGAGGUCAUUGCCCAAGAAUGCAGGUUUGCUGCGAUGCGGGAAGAGCUGCAGGCUGAGAUGGAUCAACUACCUGAAAGACGGCUUGAAGAGAGGAAACAUUUCUGCUGAAGAGGAUCAAAUCAUCGUAAAGUUGCAUGCUUCUAUGGGAAAUAAGUGGUCUCUAAUAGCUAGUCACUUGCCUGGAAGAACAGAUAACGAAAUAAAAAAUCACUGGAACGCCCACUUGAGCAGAAAGAUUCACUCGUUCACUAGGGUUUCCGGCGGAACAUCACUAGCGAUUAUCGUGGAUAUUCCUGUUAAAAGAAGAGGCGGGAGAACCAGUCGACGGUGCAUGAAGAAGAACAAGAAUUACUACGUCCAAAAGAAUAAUGUUGGCCGGAUUCCGACGAUAAAACCCAUUAAUGACAGUGUUUUUAAUCCGACAGAUCAAGAAAUCCCAUCAGUACAUGAGUACCCAACACCAGCGUCAGCGAAAGAGAUCAUCACCGUGUCCAGCACUGCAACGGACGAUGGCGUGGUUUUGGAUCCAGAUGUUGUCCUUGACAAGGAGAGAGAGAGCGUGGUUUCGGGUUGUCAUCAUCAGGCAACAGAGAAAUAUGAUCAGAACCAAAUGUCGGUGUGCCCUAGUAAUGUUCAGAAGGAGACAGAAACUUUGGGACCAUAUGUUAGUGAGGAGAGCAUUAAUGAUGGUGGGUCGUUGUGGAUUGAUUACAUUUUGAGCAAUGCUUUGCUGGAUUCAAAUGAGUGUUUAACUACAAGCGAAUCAGGGAGCUGUAAACCAGAAACUGUAUUUGAGGACAAGAGCAGUAGCAAUACUGAAAUCCUGUGUGUAGACAAGCUGCUGGCGGUGGAAAGUACUAAUCACGAGUACAUGGAGAUCAGUGGCGCUAAUAAUUGUUCGAAUAUUGGAGAUAAUGGAGAGUGGUGUUCCUGUAAUUCUCCAUUGACUUCUGGUUUUGCUGAAUUAUAUGGGGUUGAUAACGGGGAAUUAUGGGAUGGUGUUGGACAGGGAAAUGAGAUAUGGAGUGAUCAGAAAGAGAAUAUGUUAUCCUCGAUGUGGGAGGGUGAUCAUUUCUAAUUUGGAUGGGGAUAGUUGUAACUUGACAGAUAUAGAUCCUGACAAACAGGAUGCUUUGGUCGGUUGGCUUCUACACAUCCUAGAAAAUGAUCUCUUUUUUCGGCUGAAAAAUGUUAAUUGAUUGUUUGAGUUGAGUUUUGGGACAU